AUGGCAAACAACGACUCUCAAUCGACCUCGUCUGGAUCAACAAUAUCAACUUUUAUAUCCUCCAGCGACCGAUCAUGCAAUUCCUCAAGCCAAGGCUGGCCUCUCAACAGCGACAAAGACGAUACACUAAUACCAAGCCCUACCGAUGUUCAUCGUACCUUUUGUAACGGAAAGGCAACGUGGCAAGCAUUCUUAGACCGGGCGAGAAAAAUGCCUUCAGGUCUCUGGCCAGCAGAUACACUGGACCCAUACAUCACUCUGACAGACGUCCCUAGCAUGCCAGAGCAGCUACCUCGCCGCGAUUGGCUAUACGGCAGGCCAUGCUGGGAACUACCCUUUGACAUUGCAGGUAGAUCGUGCGAAGACCAUGAUCCUCACAGCAAUACUGCCCGUAUUCAUGGCCGCCGAGUUAUGUUUCGAUUGCAGACCCAAAAUCCAAUCCAGUGCAUUAUUUGCCCAGAUGCAGCAUCCCUCUCCCUUGGUGUCGGUUCAGAGACAACCAAUAGCCUUGCUAUACUGCUUAUGUGCUGGUCGUACAUCCUUUCGGUUCGACUUCUUGAGAUGCAAGGUCGGGAGGUGCGAUUCACCAUGGAUCGUCUGUGGCCCGAUACGUCUCAGCGCCAAAUCGAACAGGUGAUCGAUCUCGAUCUCGAAGGCGUGUCGCCGUCACUGAUUCGGUGGAUUUGCGAGAUCCUCAGUCCCAAAAUAGGUUGGCAAGCCAAGAAUCAAGGACGACUACCGCGAGUUCUCUUAAAAAGUCCUUUUCUUUACUAA